AAAUUUAAUCACAACAUUCCCCUCAAAACCAAACAAAAAAAAAAUGACACAUAUUUCUCUUGUAUUGCUUCUAAUUUUCUCACUUUGCUCUUCUGUAGCAUACUCCAAUGAUUUACAAGCCAAUUUUCUUCAUUGUCUUUCCAAAAAUAUCAGUCCACCAAACCCAUUUCCUACAUCAUGUUACACACCAAGCAACAGUUCUUUCACUGGCAUCCUAAACUCCACUGCAAAUAACUUAAGGUACUUAUUACCUUCAGUUGAAAAGCCACAGCUCAUUUACAUGCCAUUAGAUGAAUCCCAUGUACAAGCAGCUGUUGUAUGUGCUAAAAAGGUUGGCAUUCAACUGAGAGUUCGAAGUGGAGGACACGACUACGAGGGCGUAUCUUACUCAUCCGAGAUGGGGGACCCCUUUGUGGUUGUGGACUUGGCUAAACUCCGGUCUGUCAUCGUCGAUAUCGACGAUAACAGCGCAUGGGUUGAGGCAGGGGCCACUACAGGGGAACUUUACUACAGGAUAUCAGAGCAGAGUAAGGUGCACGGAUUUCCUGCAGGACUGUGCACCAGCUUAGGUAUAGGUGGGCAUAUCACAGGCGGUGCAUAUGGUUCUAUGAUGAGAAAAUAUGGUCUAGGAGUUGAUAAUGUGAUCGAUGUCCGGUUAGUGGAUCCCUUUGGGAAGAUACUCGACCGAGCAUCGAUGGGGGAGGACUUGUUUUGGGCUGUCAGAGGUGGUGGUGGUGGUAGUUUUGGGGUAAUUCUUGCAUGGAAGGUUAAACUUGUUCCAGUUCCUGAGACUGUAACAACUUUUACAGUUGUUAGAACAUUAGACCAAGGAUUAACAAAACUCCUAUACAAAUGGCAGCAAGUAGCUGAUAAACUUGAUGAAAAUCUUUUCAUCAGGGUAGAAAUCUUACCAGGAACAAUCCCAAACACAACUGAAAAGACAGUACAAGCCUUGUUUAACUCGCUGUAUCUAGGCAAUGCGAACCAACUACAUCGAACCAUGGCUCGAACCUUCCCUGAAUUAGGACUGACUCCAAAAGACUGCAAUGAAAUGAGUUGGAUUGAGUCAGUUGUUUACAUUGGAGGGUUCCCAACAGGAAGUAGUCCUGAUGUUUUGCUACAAGGGAAACCUACAUUUAGAGACUACUUUAAGGCCAAGUCAGAUUUCGUUAAGGAGCCGAUCCCUGAAGCCGGGCUUGAAGGACUAUGGAAGAAGUUGUUGGAAGCCGAAAGCUACAUCAUGAUAUGGAACCCAUAUGGUGGAAUGAUGAGUAAGGUACCGGAGUCUGAAACCCCGUUCCCUCAUAGAAAAGGGACUCUCUUCAAGAUCCAAUAUGUGGCAUCUUGGCAAGAUGGUAAGGCUAGUGAAAGUUCAAACAUGGCAUGGAUUAGGGACUUAUAUGAUUAUAUGGAGCCUUAUGUGUCUAAGAAUCCUAGGGAAGCUUAUGUUAAUUAUAGGGAUCUCGAUUUGGGGAUGAACAAAGAUGGUAACACUAAUGUUGAUGAAGCUCGCGCUUGGGGUUUGAAGUACUUUAAGAAUAACUUUGAUAGGUUAGUGAAAAUUAAGACUAAAUUUGAUCCAGAGAACUUCUUUAGGCAUGAACAGAGUAUUCCUCCACUUUUGUCCCACAAUAGGAAGAUGAACAAGGGCAAAAAGUUUCACUACCAUAAGGUUGGAAAACACCAUAAGGGACAUGGUUAUUAGUGAGUGAAAUUUUUAGGAAAGUUUGAUAACUUUAAUUUCGCAUCUUAAUAAUAACUCGUAGAUGUUUGGUUCGGAUUAUUCAUUAGUCAUGUGUGCAUAAGCACGUGCAUCCGAGUGCAUGUUAUUUUAGUGUUAUGUUUGUUAAUGAAAACAAGUUUUUGUGUUCUA